AUGGCUGCAGCAGAGGCGGCGCAGGAGCGGACCGUCAUGCAACGGCUGGGCCAGAGCUUCAACUCGGCAGGCAUCGCUCUGUUUGCUCGGGUGGCAUGGAGCGAGCGCCAGCUGGCGCUGCCGCACCUGGCGGUGGGGGACCUCCGUUGGGUCGACUGGGCGGCGCUGCACGCCGCCGGAUUCCGCGGCUGCCACAGCAGCGCCACCGCAGCUGGCAGCUGGCUGGUAGCUGAUCCCUACCAGCUGCAGCUGCAUCCGCACGCGGCGGGCAGCCUGGCCGAGUGCCGCGCCGUGUUUGGCGGGCGGCUGGUGCUGUACAGCAACUCUGCAGGCCUGCAGCAGUUCGACCCAGACGGCAGCGAGGCGGCGGCGUUGGAAGCAGCGCUGGGCAUCCCGGUGCUGCGCCACAGGGAGAAAAAGCCUUCGGGGGGCGGCGAAGACAUGGAGCGGCAUUUCGGGUGCCAGGCGGAGGAGCUGAUCAUGAUAGGCGACAGGUAUCUGACAGAUGUGGUGUUUGGCAACCGCAACGGCAUGCUCACAAUCAGGCCGGAGCCCUUCACAUCGGCGGGGGAGCCGAAAGCGGUACUGUUGGCGAGGGCAAUAGAGGAGCGCUGCGUGGCGAGGUGGCAGCGGUCGGGGGUGCAGCCGCCGCCGCACCCGCUGGUCGCCGACGCGGCCGCCGCGGCCGCCUUCCUGCGGCACCCCGACGGCUGGCAGUGA